AUGUCCGCUUCUGGAUCAGUCACUGCCAGACCAUCAGUUUCAGCAUCAGGUUCAGCUUCGGCACCAGGCUCCUCAGGAAAUCGAAAUUCCAGCUCCACUGCAUCAAUAUCGAUCCCCGCUACGGCAGCAGCAGGAGGGAUCACAGUCACUCAACCUCCUUCAACUGCAAGUGCAAGUUAUUAUAAGAUCGCUCAAGAUAACUGGAUCACUUUUGGUUGGAACGCUACUAGCUUAUACGUCCAGCCAUCAUCGCUCACAAUCGUAGCAUCCUGUUCAGCAAACGGGAAUAUCUAUCCCGUUGGACCUAAUCCCACACCAUCAGGCAACGUGUCCGCCAAUGUGUUCCCCGGAAACACCACCAAAGUAGUUUGGAACCCGUAUGAGUGGGAACAGAUACCAGGUCAGGUACCGUUUGCGGAAGCUACUUAUGUCCUGAAGAUAUAUGAUGAAAGAGGUGAUGGCGCAGCUGUCAAAGGUGGAUAUCUGAGUCCAUACGCAGGUAAGAACUUCAUGAUGUAUCGUCCGGGUGGAUACACUUCUUUAUCUGACGGCUGGACGUGCUCAACGUGUUCCGACGCAUUUACCACUUUUGCCCAACCGGCUCAUCUGGCCAUAUUCACAAGUUUACUAAUUACGAUUCUAUCAGCUUGGGGGAUAUUGAGAAGGUGA